CUUGACUAGUCUAUGUGUAGGGCUACCAAUUAGGGCAACACAGAUAUUGCGCAACUGCAGCAGAUAUACAUGUAUUUUGACAGAGGUAUUCCUUAGGUCAAAACCCCUACAUUUAAACCAGGACAUUGUAAACUAGGCCACAUUGUUACUAACUUCCUCCUCUGCACCCGUCAACGCAUGACAAAACGAAACUGAACAUCUCUGAAAUUCUAUCAUCACUGAGAAGAGAGCGUUGAGCAACUGAGAAAAAAGAGCUUCGACUGACAGUUAGAUUUGGAGAAAUGGCAUUUUAUAACCAGGAACCUUUUUAUAAUCCGAGACUCCCUUUCACCGGCUCUAUCCAAGGUGGGCUGCAGGAGGGGAAGACCAUCACUAUUACUGGGAGACUUCACCAUGGGGCAGACAGGUUCCAUGUGAAUUUGCAGUGUGGUUCUAGGGCAGGGGCGGACAUUGCUCUUCACUUCAACCCACGCUAUGACAGUCACCCUGGAUAUGUGGUGGCCAACACCUUGCAGCAGUCCAAAUGGGGGACAGAGGAGCGGAAGCAGCAGUCCCCAUUCCAGCAUGGCUCCGGCUUCAGCCUCGUGAUCACCGUCCAGAGGGACGCCUUCCAGUUGAAUGCGAAUGGGAACCAUUUCAUGACCUUCAAGCACCGUAUCCCGUUUGACGCAGUGGACACCAUCUCAGUCGAGGGGAAAGUGGAGGUGACCUCCAUCGCCUUCCAGAACCCUGCGCCCACCUUUCCUGCACAGCCAGGAUUUCCGGCACCACCUGUAUUCCCUUAUUUUCCGGGAUUUCCGGUGCAACCAGGAUUUCCGGUGCAACCAGGAUUUCCGGUGCAACCAGGAUUCCCUUCUCACCCUGCAUUCCCUUCUCACCCUGGAUUUCCUUCUCACCCGGGAUUUGCUGCGCAAUCAGGAUUUCCCGCACAACCAGGAUGUCCAGCUGUUCCAUACAAGAACAUGAUCAAUGGUGGACUCCACCCUGGACGCACCAUCAACAUCCAGGGAGUGGUUAACCCCAAUGCCAAUAGGUUCCAUAUUAACCUACUGUGCAACUCUGGGAUUGCGCUGCACUACAACCCCCGAUUUGACGAGACCGUAGUGGUACGCAAUAGCAAGCUGAGGGACCAAUGGGGAAAGGAGGAGCGAUCUGGUGGAAUGCCCUUCAACAGGGGCCAGGCCUUCAUGCUGUCUAUUUCAUGUGAGGCUCAAUGCUACAAGAUAGUGGUCAACGGGAAUCAGACGAGCACCUACAAACACCGCCACACCCUCCUCCAGCAGGUCAACGUCCUGGAGGUGGAUGGAGACCUCAGUUUGACCUCUGUGAUGGUUUAGGACUUUGGGUCACAACUGUGACUCAGCCACUUGUUUAAUUUUGUGUCACCUCUGACCCAAACCACCACGUAUUUGUUAUGUGUUCUUGCCGCGAUAAAAAUUACAUUCACUUUGUUUCCUUACUGCUAGCAGUGCCUGUAAGACUUGCUAAUUGAUUAUUAGUGAGUGCUGUGCCAUCGACUUCAAGGAUGAGAAAUGUGUUCCUGUUUGUUAUAAAUCACAGUCGAAAGCCAUUAGAAAUCACAGUGAUUGCUUUUGCAAUUUUUUGUAGAGCUACACAAAUUCUUAAAUCAUUCUUACUUUGUGUGAUAUAAUGCCAGAUCUGACGUUAUCUCUCAUGAGAAGUACCCUGAGGACAAUGCCUGGUAAUUCCAUACGUAACCUGGCUCAUCACCAGUGGUCCCUACUCUUUUCUAUAACAUUUUUAAGUUACAGUAUAUACAGUAUUGUGUUCUUAAAAAAAAAAUCAAAUGUGAAAAUAUGUUGCGUGAGACUGGCUAUGCCUCUAAAUCAAAUAUGUCCAACCAUGUUUCUGGAGAGCUACCGUCCUGUAGGUUUUCACUCCAACCCUAAUCUAGCACACCUGAUUCUAAUAAUUA